UUGAGAGUAACUAGAGCAGUAGAAGUACUGCAGGGUUUCUGAAAGAGGCACUUGAUUUGAUUCUAGUCUUGGAUUAUCAUCAUUAUCCACAGUUAUGAAUGAGUUUUGUGUUUGGAAAGGGCUCAUUUUAGUCCUUUUUCUCUUUGCUGUUGAUGGACAGAGAUCAGGACCAUCCUUCUUGGUGAUGUUUUCUGCAGUGAUCGAGUCUGGCUCUAAUGCCAAAUUGUGUGCAAGUCUUCUGAAACCCAAUGAGAGUCUUGCAAUGACCAUCUUUCUGGUUGAUGACCAGAACCGGACAACACCGCUUGCGCAGCAGAGUUCUUCAGAUGCAUUUCACCGUUGUUUUAGUUUCAAGGCUCCAAAGGUAGAUGGAGAAUUAGUGCAGAAAGUGAGGGUGGUUCUUCAAGGGAGGUUCUUCAAAAUGACCGAAGAGAGGAAAGUCAUGUUCAGAAGUUACCUGCCUCUGACCUUCAUCCAAACCGACAAACCCAUCUACAACCCAGGACAAAUGGUGAACUUCAGGGUUCUGACCAUGGAUGCUAAAUUUGUUCCUCUUGAUCAAAUGUACAGUCUAGUGGUGGUGGAGGACCAUAACAAGAACCGGAUCGGUCAGUGGACAAAUGUUUCCUCAACUGGGUGGAUAUUGCAGCUUUCUCACCAGUUAAACCCUGAGGCUCAGGUUGGGAUGUAUGCUCUGAGGUCUUUUAUUGGUGACCGUAUGAUUUCUCAGGAUUUCGAGGUGAAAAAGUAUGUUUUACCCAAGUUUGACGUCACCUUGACCACACCACCGACGUACAGUGUGGGAGAUGAGGGACUGAAAGUUGAGGCUUGUGCCAAAUACACGUAUGGGCAACCUGUACCUGGUCAAGCGUUGGUGGAAGUGUGUCGUGAGCCGUUCCCGUUUUCUGUGGUACCUGGUGUGUCUCGUGUGUGUCUUAACAAAACCGCUAUGAUGAACAACACCGGUUGUGCUUCCCUUACCAUCAGUACGUCAGAGUUUUUCACCACCAAUUUUGAAUUGAUGCUGCAAGAUUCCCUCCUCCUCAACGUGAAUGUCACUGAAGAGGGAACCGGUGUUAAGAUGUCAAUCCACAACCAUGUUAAUCACAUACGAAAUUGGCAAGGUCUCAUUUUUGGACCUCCCAGAUUUCUUUAACUAUGGAUCAGUGAUCAACGGAAAGAUCUCUGCAUCUUAUGGCGUUCUUCCACUUGCAAGGGAGGCAGUUUAUCUCCUGGAUGGUAACCAAUGGCCCAACAAACUGCUGCUGAAUCUGACUACGGACCUGAAUGGAGUGGCUUCUUUCUCCCUCAACACUACUGACUUCCCUAAAGCUGAUCUGAAUUUAGUGGUACUAUUUGCCU